AUGGCGCCAAGCAAAGCCGCGUUCUUGUUGGCCGACAACAAGCUGCAGGUUUCAGACCUGGACGACAUGAACGGCAGCACAGCCCAAGAGUCGAUAUCGGAGGAGAAGGCACCCAAAGAGGAAAAAACAGAGACCACCGAACAUGAGACCAACUAUCUUGAGGGGAUCAAGCUCUUCAUCGUCAUGUCGGGCUUGACCGUCCUGAUGUUUUUGGUCAUGUUGGACAUUUCAAUUCUCGGCACCGCAAUCCCCCAAAUCACCAGCGACUUUAAGCGACUCCAGGAUGUAGGCUGGUAUGUCAGUGCAUAUCAACUUGCCAGCGCUACUUGGACGUUGCUUGCCUUUUUCCUCCUCUUUGAGAUUGGCUCUGCCAUCUGCGGAGCCGCAACCUCCUCGACCAUGCUGAUUAUCGGCCGUGCAAUUGCUGGUUUAGGAUGUUCUGGCCUUACCAAUGGUCUCCUGACAGUCAUCGUUGGGGCAAUAGCUCCGCGAAAGCGUCCUCUAUACACGGCCGUUGCCAUGGGAAUUGGCCAAAUUGGUAUUGUUCUCGGACCGGUCAUUGGUGGUCUAUUUACUGAGCAUGCUAGCUGGCGUUGGUGCUUUUAUGUCAACCUUCCCCUGGGAGGCCUCGUUGGGCUUUUCAUCGCCGUCAUCGCCAUCCCCGACCAGAUAGAAAAAGAGCGCGUGAGCGUUGGUCUUAUCCGUAAGAUCAUACCUAAAUUUGACUUGACAGGAUUUGCGCUCUUUACUCCAGCAUCCAUCAUGCUCCUUCUUGCCCUCCAGUUCGGCUCCGGAGAGUACGGGUGGAACUCGCCCACAGUUAUUGGACUUUUCUGUGGAGCAGGCGCAGUGGCUCUGCUGUUCAUCGCUUGGGAAUGGAGGGUAGGCGACGAGGCUAUGAUUCCGUUGAAACUAGUGUCCCAGACAGUAGUCUGGACAAGCUCGCUGAACUUCGCCUUUCUGAUGAGUGUUACAGUGGGAGCCAGUAACUUCCUGCCCAUUUAUUUCCAGUCUGUGAAAGGACUGUCGCCAACGAUGAGCGCUGUUUAUAUGCUAGCAGGAAUCAUUUCCCAGCUUAUUUUACUUCUCUUCUCUGGAGCUCUGAUGACAAAACUCGGAUAUUACAUUCCCUGGGCCCUGUUCGCAGCCGGUGGCACAGCAAUUGGAUGUGGCCUCAUUUCAACUUGGGCACCUGGCACCACCCUUGCUCAUUUGAUCGGCUUUCAAAUUCUUUAUGGAUUCCGGGGCGCAGGCAUUCAAAUUGGUACCGUGGCACUCCAGAACGCUCUACCUCCUGCCCAAGUCGCCGUGGGCAGUUCCUUCCUCGUAUUCUGCCAGAAUAUGUGUAGCGCCAUUGCUAUUACCAUCGCCAACACUAUCUUCCAAGAAAGCCUCAAAUCCAAGAUCCCCAUCGCAGCCCCUUCUGUUGGCGUGCAAGCCGUCAUUGCCGCUGGAGGUAGCGCCGAGGCCGUUCAGAAGCUAGCCCCUGCAGGCAGCGCAACCAUGGACGGCAUCUUGCGAUCUUACUCUGAGAGUUUCGGAAACGUCUUCUAUCUCUGGGUGGGCUUUUCCGUUGCAGCCUUCGCCGUUUCCUUUGGCAUGGGCUGGUUCGACUUGAGGAAACUCGAGAAGAAGAAGCCAGUCAAGCCUGAGGAAGCCUAG